AGGUGACAACUUAUUUGAAUCUUUGGUUCCUAAUCAGCAAUAUUCAAAGUCAUCCCCAUUUUUUAAUCAUUUUCUUUCCUUUUGUCUUUCUUUUCUAACCAAUGAUACCCAUUAUUUAUGAAGCAUAUAUGAGCAAAGCACAAAAAGAAAACGCAACAAGAGCAAAGAUGAAGGCGGAAGAAACAACUGAUACCCACGUGGCCAUCUUCCCCUGUCCAGCGCAGGGCCAUGUCAGCACCAUGUUGAAGCUUGCACAGCUUCUCGCUCUCCAUGGCUUCCACAUCACCUUCCUCAACACAGACUUCAUCCACCACCGCCUCCACCGUUUCGGCGAUCUGGAAGCUCUUUUACAAACCUACCCCGCUCUCCAAUUCAAGACCUUCCCCGAUGGCCUCCCUCACCACCACCCUCGUUCCGGACAAAGCGCAGUGGACCUCUUUCAAUCCAUAAAUUUGCACGCAAAACCUCACAUCAGACACAUUCUUCUCUCCCAAGACCCCGGAAAGCCCAAGAUCAAUUGCUUCAUAGCCGAUGGAGUCUUCGGAGCCCUCACCAUAGACGUAGCACACCAGGUUGGAAUACCCAUCAUUCAUUUUCGCACCAUCAGCGCUUCCUGCUUCUGGACUUACUUCUGCGUUCCAAACCUCUUUCAGUCUAACCAACUUCCAAUCACAGGGGAUGAAGACAUGGAUCGCGUGAUAACAUGUAUCCCAGGGAUGGAAAACAUGUUCCGCUGUCGAGACCUCCCGAGUUUCAGUCGGGGGACUGGAUCCGAAAUAGUAUAUGCUUUGAAUUCUUUGGCCUUGGAGACACGUGAGUCGCUUCAAGCACGUGCACUCAUACUCAACACGUUCGAGGAUCUAGAAGGUUCCGUGUUGUCACAGAUGCGUCUGCAGUUUCCCCGUGUUUUCACCAUCGGUCCUCUCCACGCACACUUGAACACCAGAAAAGAGUCCAACACCGAAACGACGCCGUCCACAAGUUGUGUCGGUGAAGUGGAUCAGAGGUGCAUGACGUGGCUUGAUUCUCAGCCGUUGAAAUCGGUGAUAUACGUGAGCUUCGGUAGCAUUGCCACCAUGACAAGGGAGAAGCUAAUUGAGAUAUGGUACGGUUUGGUGAAUAGCAAGAAGCGGUUCCUUUGGGUGGUUCGUCCUGACAUGGUGGGGCCAAAAGAAAAUGGUGACCGGGUACCGGCUGAGCUGGAGGAAGGGACUAAAGAGAGAGGGUUCAUUGUGGGGUGGGCCCCACAAGAGGAGGUGCUGGCCCACAAGGCCAUUGGUGGGUUCUUGACCCACAGUGGAUGGAACUCAACUUUGGAGAGUCUGGCGGCUGGUGUUCCUAUGAUUUGCUGCCCUAGCUUUGGAGAUCAGCAUGUUAACAGCAGGUUUGUGAGUGAAGUUUGUAAGGUUGGGUUGGAUAUGAAGGAUGUUGCAUGUGAUAGGAACCUUGUAGAGAACAUGGUCAAUGAUCUCAUGGAUCACAGGAAUGAGGUGUUUCUGAAUUCUGCUCGGGAAGUGGCUUUGUUGGCUAACCGUAGUGUGAGUUCCGGUGGUUCUUCUUAUUCCAAUUUGGACGGCUUGAUCCAGUACAUAAGAUCCAUUAGUCAAGAAAUUAUUUGAUACUUGAAAAUAAUGCACAAUUGCAUGCUCAGGUUUAUUCUUGCAACCGUGGCCACAUGCAAUUAGGAGUAUGUAAGGAGCGGGUAGAGUAAAGAAUGAUAAAAGGACUAAAGAACAGAAUCGUAUCUAUUUGGUUUCUUCUAUAAUCAGCUUUAAUGUGCAUUUAUACUUGGUUUAAUUAGUCUUGCAGCUUGCAAAGUGCUGCCCACAUCAUCUUUGGAAUUCCUUUUAGUCAUGUGUAAGUUUCCUUAUGUAACUAUUUUGGUUUGGAACAACAUUUGCCUUUAUUUAAUUAUGGUAGUUCAAUAUUUACAUGAGUA